AUGGUCUCUAGUCCUGGCUCACCAUGCGAUUCUGACACUCGCGAGCGGAGAUGGAACGAUUAUUGGACGGCCCAGCUUAAGGAACUCCCUGUAUUGCCCAGCCCACGACCUCGCGCCCUGACACCUGACCUAUCUUCUGACUCUGGGGUCAAUUCAGCGCCGACGCCACGUUACCAAGAGUCUUCCUUCUGGUUCAAAGUUCCGCCUAAUAUUCGAAGAGACAUCCUUCGUCUGGCCUUUGGUGAUACACGUCUUCACCUGUUUAUCGAUUGCGACCAUCCUGAUGUCCCUCGUGAGCCGUCUCAGAAUCUUCAUUGCGACAUUGCUCGCGGUCCUCUAGAUGAUAACAACAAAUCAAAGCGUCGUAUCAAUCGCCUUGUAGAUAAGACACAGCCACAAAAAUGGCAGUGGUGGGGUUCAAGAUGCCAUCGCGUUCAUCCUAGUGAUACCGGGAACCUGGGCCCCAUGACACGAGGUGGCUCUCGAGGCCCAUGGACUGACUACUGCCGAAAUGGCGGGAGUUCAGAAUUAUAUGGAGACUAUAGAUAUACUCUACUCCGCCAAUACUUUGAUAUUGGAAGAUACGUAUGCGCUGAAGCAUCUCCCGAAAUUAUUGUUACCACAAAGACUUAA